CCCUAGCCGCCAUACCCUUUCCCCAAAAUAACCCAAACCCACUUCAGGAAUAGAAAAGAAAAGAAAAGGAAGAGAGAAAUGGGGAAAGCUGAUCGGGGAAGGGGGGAAGAGAGUGAGACCCGAGAGAGGGGAGUGCCGGUGGAGGUGUCGCGCCAUCAUCGUGGACCGCCGCUGCCGCUGCGUUCUGCUGCUCGCGCCGCCGCCGCCGUCCAGGAAGCUUCCGCUUCUGCUCACCGUCGCCGUCGAUCUUCCUGCCGUAACCUUGGAGUUUGCCCCGUCAUCGAGGAAGACAGAGAUGAGGGAGAAGGAGCCGUGAACGCCACCGAGGUGGUUGCCGUCGCCACUGUUAAGUCUGUCAUGGAAAGAAAUGCAACCAUGGUAAAAGAACCUGUCACUGCAGCUGAGCUCACCGAAAGCCAUAGUAUCUAUUCCACCUUGCCUUGCUCUAUCUCGGUUGUCUUCUCUGUUAGCUCAAAAUUGCUUCAAGUUGUUGUUGCUGUCACUGGGAACCGUUUUGUGGCUGCUGGAACCGCCAUCAGAGCUGCCAUUGAAGCUAUUGAUUUGGUUCCAAUUCCUCCAUUUUUUAGACCUGUUGCUACUCUAUUUUCCCUGUUUAUUGCUAGAACUAUCACCGGGAUACCGUUGAUGCCCUCAGGAAACUGUUAGAGCUGCUGCUAUUGUUGAUGUGAGUUAGAACGAAGUUGGAGUCACGUUUAAUUUUGUGGAUUUCGACUAACUGAGUGACACAGGUUUGAAGACGCAAUUUGAAGCUGCGAGUGAUUAGUAGGCUUUCUUUAUGGUUUUAAUUGCUUUCAUAGAGUCCCCUCGCCGAUUGUCCCUUGAGAUUUUAUUUCAUAUAGAGGGGUAGGUUUGGUAUAUUGUAUAUGAGUAUCAUUUGGUUUCUUUUGUAUAAGAAUUAUUAUCAAUAAUAUUUAUGUGAUUACUAUUGUUUGUUGGAAA